UACAUAAAUACACAUAUAUAUAUAUUUUUGUCUGUCUCUCUCCAGACCACAUAUAUACAAUCAAAAUCUCCUUAUUUUUCUUACACAAACAAGCGAUGGAGAGUUGUGCAUUAACACUCUCUAGCUCCAUUCUAAAUCCUAAACCUUCAAACCAUAUCAACCGAAACACCAUACACAAAAUCCCAACAAUUUAUCACUCACAAGGCAUCAUUAACUACAAAACCACAAGUUCAAACCACUCGGUUCUCGCUUUUCCAUCUCACUCAAUCUUCAACAAUUCUUCUUCAUUUUCCCCUAAACGCUUUCGCUAUGACUUCGCUCUCGUCAGAGCUGCUGCUGCUGCUCCUGACGCCUCUGGCGAGUCUGCAAAUCCGGCUAAAAUUGGCCGGACUUUACAACUCGCGGCCAUGUUUGGAGUAUGGUACUUGUUGAAUAUCUACUUUAACAUUUUUAACAAGCAGGUACUCAAGGUUUUCCCGUACCCAACGACGGUUACAACGUUUCAGUUCGGAUGCGGUACUCUCAUGAUUUUGAUUAUGUGGACGCUUAAACUUCAUCCAAGACCAAAGUUUCAUAAAUCACAGAUUGUGCCUAUUUUAACGUUGGCAGUGGCGCAUACAAUGGGCAAUCUCUUGACGAAUAUAAGUCUAGGAAAAGUUGCGGUUUCUUUCACUCACACUAUCAAAGCCAUGGAGCCGUUUUUCACUGUUCUCUUCUCUGUUCUACUACUUUCCGAGAGACCGUCAAAGUGGGUUGUUUCGUCUCUUGUACCUAUUGUGGGUGGCGUGGCAUUAGCGUCCUUCACCGAGGCUUCAUUUAACUGGGUUGGUUUCGCGAGUGCAAUGGCUUCAAACGUCACCAACCAGUCGCGUAAUGUGCUUAGCAAAAUGUUUAUGGUCAGGAAAGAGGAAGCUUUGGAUAAUAUCAAUCUCUUCUCGGUUAUGACAAUCGGCUCGUUUUUCCUGUUGAUGCCUUUUGCAUACUUAUUAGAAGGCUUUAAGCUUACUCCUGAAUACCUACAGUUUGCUGCAAGUCAAGGUAUAAAUGUAAGAGAUCUAAUGGUGAGAUUUGUCCUAACUGGUAUCUUCUUCCAUAGUUAUCAACAGGUUUCAUACAUAAUUCUAGGAAUGGUAUCACCAGUGACACACGCUGUGGGGAACUGCGUGAAGCGAGUGGUAGUCAUCGUAUCAUCUGUCAUCUUCUUCCGAACACCAGUUUCUCCCAUCAACGCACUCGGAACUGGUUUGGCACUUGCUGGAGUGUUCUUGUAUUCAAAAGCAAAGAGGAUAAAACCAAAGGCUGCUUGAGUUUGUACUAGCAGCAAAAUAAGUUGUGCAUUGUGAUUCAUGUAGGAUUAAUUGCGCAUAAAUAUAUAUAUAUAUACAUAACAUAGUGAGUGUAAUCAUUUUCAGAAACAAAAAGGAAGUAGAAAUACGAACAUUUGAUUCUCUAAUUCGAGCUGUAACUGAAAUUAGGGCUUCUGGCUAAAUUGUUGGUGAAGCAUACAUAGAAACAUUUUCAUGCCCUAAUUUGAGGUCUGAAGUACAGAUGUUAUGCCCUAUUUGAAAUGUAAUUGAAACCUUUGAAAGAAAAA